AUGUCCGAUGCCGAAUCUUCCGGCUGUCUAUUUCAUGCUUUGACCAGUAUGAAGACAGCGCCCCGCCGCUGUCUUCGUUGCAUCCAGUUGUCACUUCAGUCUCAACAAUCCCGUUCUUCUCAAUCAUCUUCGUCUUCGUCAUCGGUACGCCGAUCCUCCAGUCGAGAAGUAUUGCCAUAUGAUCAUGGCGAUCGCAGCAAUGCGCAAUACAUUCUCAUUCCGUUUGAUGAAGAUGUGACCCCAUCGCUAGUGGCGAAGGCAGCCUGCGUACCACAGACCCAACUCUAUAUUAAUUUCGUGUUAGCUGUGUUCCCUUGUUAUUUCAAGGCGACCGAGACUCGCGUUCCGAUUAACUGGGUCGAAUAUGUCGAAUCAAGACAAGGCGGAGCUGAUACACCAUUCGAUUGGGCUAUUCGAAGCCUAACAACAAUUUAUAUGGGCAGUCUCCAUAAGGAUCAUCGAUACCUAGACGCUGGACGUGAAUUAUACAUCCGAGGUCUCCGUGGUCUAACUUCUCGUCUGAAUAAUCCCACAGUCGCAAAAUCAGACGAGACAUUAUCCGCCGCUAUCGCACUCGCAGUCUUCGAAAUGCUAGCGUGUACCUCGGAAGAUGGCUGGAUUCAUCAUGCAAAGGGUAUUCGGGCCUUAAUGCGUCUCCGAGGUCCAGAUGCUCAUUCUUCUGGAUUUGGAGCUGCAUUGUAUAUAGCCUACCGGAAUAUUAUUGUUACAUCUGCGCUGGUAGCGGGUGAAGAUUGUUUUCUGGAGGAAACCGAAUGGCAAGCUCUUAACGAAAAGAUUGCGGCUGAGAAUGCGAAACAGCCGAAUUCUUCGGUUCAUACUGAUAUCACGGAGAGGGCUUUUCGGGAGGUUGUUAAACUUCCGGGUCUUGUUAGACGAGUGUCGAAACUUGAACAGCCUCGUCCGAGUGGGAGAGCUAAUGUGCGGAGACGGAAGAGGAAUCGACCGAGCGUUUUGGUUGAUGUUCUUACUAUAAGGGCUGCAUUGCGGGGGAUUUUUACGGAGUUUAGUAUGGCGGUUUCUACGCUGAGAAGUGGACAGGACUCGACAUCGACAGCUGGGUUUAUUGGACCUAUCCCCCAUCAUUUCUUUGAUGGGUUUUCGAGACUUUCUAUUCAGGGUAUUCGUUCUGCUAUCUUGUUGCUCAAUUACCUGGUUAUCAUUCUCGACCCAUCACAGCAGUCAGAUGCUGAGGUGGAGAAUGGUGUUAUGGAAGGUCAGAUGCGUGAGACGAAUGAUCUAGGCGUGGGAAUUGUUCCGACUAUAUCUCCGACUUCCAGUUCUCCUUCUAUAUUAGACCCGGACUCGCCAGGAAGGCCGAGUCUGAAUAUUGAGUCCAGGAUUACUCCGGAAGCCCGUCAGCCGGCUUGUUCGAAUUGGAUGGAUCAGAUUGCGCUGACGAUGGGAUUGGAGGGUGUUCGCAUUACCUUGGUUGAGGAUGAUUGA